ACAGCUCUUAGUUCAGAGAGACUCACCGCUGGUCUCCACGCCCAGGAAUAAUCCUCGCUGCGUGUUCUAUAGUUUUUCUUUGUGACCUCAAGAUUCCAGUGCCCGAGUUCCUUCGUCGCUGCAAUGUUCUGUGCUUUUACGUGCGUUCGCCUGACGUCGAACCGGUCGCGUUGUCCCACAACGGCGUUACGAGCAUUAAUAAAUAGUUUUGUGCGGGUGUGAACGUGGACUGAGGGUGUUUUAGAAAGGGUGCCGAGGUGAAUAAAUAAACAAACAAACAAAAACUGUUGAAGGCUACGAAGUCAUCGACAGUGACAUGGACGAAACACACAGUACACUCGAGGAAAUGGAAAUGUAUACACAAUUUUGAAUGGGAACCCUAAAAGAGAGAGAGACCACUUUGGAGAACAGGCGUAGAUGGGAGGAUAAUGGAGAAUGGCAAUAUGAACUCGACGAGUGGGAAUGUGCAUAUGGAAGGAGGUGCUGCCCCUGAAACUAGCAUGUUGCUCCGGGAACGCAUCAAGAGACUCAUGGGCAAUGGAGUCCACGCCUCGUGGAAAUCAUUACCAGAAGUCAAAUCCAGUGGAUUGCUGCAGAUGUUGACUGAAACACAAAUAGAACUGGAGGAACUGAAAUUCUGCUUGAUCACGUGUGAAGUUGCAUACAACACUGAACUCACUGAACUUCUCAACUUGUCCAAAAGAUCAGUCAGUUGGGCAGAUCCCUUGCCAACAUUCAACAGGCGAACAAUAGCAUCAUCAGUAGAAAGAGUAAAACGAAGCUCUGAUGCAUUCUUGAACGCCUUCGAGAAACAAUGGAAUAUGAAACCAGUAGUGAACUUGACAAUACUGAACAAGACAUUCACAGAUAUGUCACUCCAGUUCCAGAAUUAUAUCACCUACUGCACCCAACAGGAGGACCUCCGCGUAACCCUGUGCACCGCCAAGAGAAGCAAAUACGAGGUAGCAGUAGCUUCGUUCAGCAAUCGGCUGAACAUUGAACGUGUCAUGUUACCACUUCAGCAUCUCAAGUUAUAUCACCUACUGUUCCAAGACAUCCAUUCGAAGCUCACGUCUACCACUAAUCGCUUAGACAUCUUUCACUGCAAGAGAAUAUUAUCAGACAUAACAAAGCUCUUGGACGAGUGCUACAAAGCUCUUAGAACACUGCACGGUUCAAAAUACAUUAAAGAAAUAGACAGGAUAGUAGAUGAAAGUCUGCACAGCUUUGAAUCAGAGCCAGCACAAAGCAACGUCCCAAAACAUCAAGAAAACAUUGUGACAGAUGCCGCUACAUUUCGCAGUAAACAGUCAAGUGUUUCAGUACAUGAUACAGAUUCAAAGUGUUCAGAAUUAUGUACAGUGCAAGAAGUGAAUCAAAACAGGUUCUCAACAGUGAGAGAACGAUGCAAGUUCUUCGAUCUUAAAAGUGUAGAAAGCUAUAGCAAAGACACCGUGAAACGUAAAGAUAACGUGACUUUCAAGAGACAGAAACCCCUCCAAGAUUGUAAAAGGAAAGUGACUGACACUCCUCUCAAUCUCAGAUCUAGUCAAAUUAUCAGUGAAAGGCGUACAGUAUUUGAAGUAGGAGAAGCAAAUAUUCUUUGUAAAAGAAACAGUUAUCCUACGAAGUCAAAAAUUCCGGUGUCUCAUCUGUAA